AUGUCUACUCCAACCGGUAUCCAAACCUACACCUCUGCGCCCGUCAACGCGAACAAGACGGAAGAAACAGAAACACAGGCAACAACCUCACACCCCCAACCCGCCACCGCAAUCGAAGUCGAAGCGUCUAAAACAGAUCCCUCCCAGCCUGCUCAGAACCCAGCGACGACGACAGCUACAGCUACAGCGCCGUCAGCUGCUUCUAUCUAUACAACGGCCAACCCCUCAGAUUCAGCUCCAGCUCAGCCCGGCGCGGCAGCAGGUCUGCCAACGCCUACAGCGACCGCCUCGCAAACAGACAGUUUAUCAGCAACACAAACAUCCCCAGAAUCCCUAACUGCUAGGGCUACAUCACCUCCACAACCACAACCAGGCGCGGUCCCAGAGCCUCCAGCUCCAUUUCCUGCUCCAUCAACCCAGUCCCCAAUCCCGCCACCACCUAAAGCAGGCGAAGCAAUCUCCCCGCGAGCCCAAGUACCUGCAACAGCAACAGCAACAGCACCUACAGGGACAGCCACAGGAGGACAAUCAGGUCAACCCUUCCAACCAUCCUACACAAACUCCUACGCCUACAACCCCUCCCCUCAACCCCAAAUCCACCAAAACACAAUCCCAAACUCAACAUCCGCACCUUACAACACCGUCUAUCAAACAUCCGCCGGACACCGUCCCUAUUCCCAGACCCAGGCUCUCCCGAAUUAUAACAAUAGUGCUUCUGGGAGUGGGCGUGGUGGGUAUGGGUAUGGAUAUGGGAGCGGGAGUGGAUCAGGAUCAGGUGGUGGAGCGGGUGAUGUGUUCCCCGAUGAGGGUGGGUUUAUGAGUGCGGCCAAGGGGUGGAUGCAGGCUGCUGGGAGUAAAUUGGCGGAGGUCGAGAAGGAGGUUUGGAAGAGGAUCAAUGAUGCUCAUGAUGAGAAGUAG